AUGGCACCGCUGCAGCUUUCAGAUCCCCGAAAGUAUACCGUUGGCAUAAUUACCGCUCUUGACAAGGAGCUGGCAGCGGCAAUGGCUGUGCUUGAUGAAAAGCACCGGAAGCCGCAGAAAUUCAAAAAGCACCCAAAAGACACAAACACCUAUACUUGGGGCAAGAUUGGAGAGCACAAUGUUGUCAUUGCGUCUUUGGCCGCUGGAAGCUAUGGCACCGUGUCCGCAGCUACGACCGCCUUGAGUAUGAUUAGCUCUCUUCCACAUAUCCGCUUUGGUCUUAUGGUCGGCAUUGGGGCCGGGGUCCCUAGAUUGGAGGACAAAAUUGACAUUCGCCUUGGUGAUGUCGUCGUUAGCCAACCUACUGGCACAAGCCCAGGAGUGGUCCAGUACGACCUCGGUAAACUGAAAAAGGACGGCAAGUUUGAGCGCGUUGGUCACCUCAGCGCACCUCCGGAAGUCCUCUUGAAAGGCCUUCAAGCGCUCAAGGCCGAGCACUUGAUGGAAGACUCCCAAAUACCCACGAUCCUAGAGGACAUGGUGCAGCGCUACCCCAAGAUGAAAGAACCGGGAGAGAAUGGAGCUUCAGGCUUCAUCCACCAGGGUAUAGAAAAUGAUCGUGCGUGUGCACAUUGCGACUCUACUAAAGAAAUUAAACGAAAGGAUCGAUCUCCCAAGCCAGCGAUUCACUACGGUGUCAUUGCCUCAGGGAACUCGGUCAUUAAAGACGGCGUUUCUCGAGACGAGGUCCUGCAACGACUUGAAGAGAGGUGCAUUUGCUUUGAGAUGGAAGCAGCUGGCCUAAUGAAUAACUUCCCUUGCCUUGUUAUCAGGGGAAUCUGUGACUAUGCAGAUGCACACAAAAACGAUCGUUGGCAGAACUACGCAGCUGCGACUGCGGCUGCAUUUGCAAAGGAACUGUUGAACACCAUAGACGGGGACGAUGUUGAGAGCACCCCGUCGAUAGAAGAAGCCAUUCAACACCUUAGUCAGGAAGUUGCUCAAAUAGUGGAGAGCAGCAGACAAACCCGCUCUGUUGUCCAAAGCUUGGAGACAAACCACCAUGUUCAAGAGCUUCGUCGAUGGCUCUCUCCUCCCAAUCCAUCAGAAAAUUAUAACAAUGGCAUCAAGCAUCGCUAUGGAGAUUCUGGUCAAUGGUUUCUCCAGAGUAGAGAAUAUUCUCUGUGGAAAUCCCGGCCCAACUCCUUUUUGUGGCUCCAAGGUAUUCCCGGGUGCGGCAAGACCGUGCUUUCUUCUAUCAUCGUCAAAGAUCUGGAAGAUAAUAAUGUGAAGAACGCACUGUACUUCUUUUUCGAUUUUACCAAUAGAGAUAAGCGGCUAUUCGACAAGGCGCUUGGCUCACUCGUCCUGCAGCUCUAUUGCAAAAACGAGAAUACUCAAAAGCCCUUGGACUCGCUUUAUGACUUUUGCGGAAAGGGAAUAACUCGACCAAGUGCCGAUCAGCUCUUUGAAACGUUCCAAAACAUGUUGCAACACGCUGGUGAAAUCCACGUAAUUCUCGAUGCACUUGAUGAGUGCCAGACGCGCAAAGAGCAUCCAAAGGGAGGCCUCUUGACAUCGAUAGAAGCUUUGGCAACAUCUCAACAGACUAAUAUUCACCUCUUAGUCACAGCUCGUCCCGAACAAGACAUCACAUCUUCUUUCGAAUCAUGGGCGCGUAGCCAGGAUAUUGUUCCACUUCAGAGCGGACGAGUUGCGGGUGAUAUACUUGCAUACGUCAAAGCAAGAGUUCGAAUUCAAAAUGAAAUUGAAAAAAGGCUAUUAAAAGAGGCAAAUGGAAUGUUUCGCUGGGUUACGUGCCAGCUCGAUGCACUCGAAAACUGUCUUGACUAUGCGACUUUACAAAAAGCACUCAACUCCCUCCCUACGACGUUGGAUGAAACAUAUGCUCGGAUCUUGACCAACUUACGCCGUGAGCAUGAGCAUCACGCAAGACGCCUUUUACAGUUUUUAGCAUUUUCUGAACGCCCACUGACAAUCGAAGAAGCCGUUGACGCAAUGGCAGUAGACAUAGACACAGCCAACAGCCCCCGGUUUGAUCCAAAAAAUAGAAUGCCAGUCCCUAAAGAGAUUAUAAACUACUGCUCUAGCUUAGUUGUAUUGACCGUCAAAACGACCGUUAAAGCUCGGGGAAAUGGGGAGGCCAUACAGGAACUUCAGCUUGCGCACCUGUCAGUCAAAGACUACCUAUUGUCUAACAGAGUGCCACAAAGCUUUGCCAAAGAUUUUGACGAAGCGACAGCCAGAGCCUCUAUUGCACAAGUAUGCCUUGCAUACGUACUGGAGCUAGACAAAAGCUUUGCAGUCGAAAAGCUUCGACAGUCAUACUGGUUGGCGCAAUAUUCUGCACGAUACUGGAUGGACCAUGCUGUCAUGGUAGAGAGCAGCAGCAAACAAGUUUGUGCACUCAUGGCAGAAUUCUUUUCUUGCGAGGGGGCUCAGACAAAAUGCUAUGGACUCUACAACCCUGACGACCCAGAAAAGCAGCGCACCAAGCGACCAAGGCGAUACGACAUCUCGUCAGCUCUGUAUUAUGCGUCGCUUGGAGGCUCAUGUUUUUCAGUGCGGCUGCUGCUUGACAAGAAUGCCAACGUUCAUUAUGAAUUCGGCCAAUACCGCACUGCUCUAAAUGCCGCUACACACAACGGACACGAUAAAGUAGUCCAGAUGCUGCUUGAAAAAAAUGCCGGCAUCAACAUUCGGACCAAGAUUUACUUUAAUGCUCUUCAUGCUGCUUCAAGUAGAGGAUACGACAAGAUAGUACGGAUACUACUUAAUAACGGCGCCGAUGUUAAUGCUCGAGGUGGAAUAUACACUACUGCUCUUCAGGCUGCUGCAGGUGGAGGACAUGAUAAAGUAGUCCAAAUACUGCUUGACUAUAACGCCAAUAUUAAUGCUCAAGGCAUGUUUGACGGCACUGCUCUAUGGGUCGCUUCUUAUAGAGGGCACGACAAGAUAGUCCAGAUAUUGCUUGACAACAACGCCAACGUCAAUGCUAAAGACGCAUAUCACAGCAAUGCUCUCCAGGGCGCUGCACAAGGGGGACACGUUAAUAUCGUCCAAAUGCUGCUGGACAACAACGUCAACGUUAAUGCUAAAAGUAAACGUCGCGGCGAUGCUUUAUCCGCCGCUUCAUAUGAAGGGCAUGUUCAAAUAGUCCAGAUACUGCUUGACAAUAACGCCAACGUUAAUGCUCAAGGUGGAUUUUACGAUAAUGCUCUCCAGGCGGCUGCACUACAGGGACACGAUAAAACAGUUCAAUUGCUGCUUGACAAUAACGCAAACGUCAAUACUCAGGGCGGACAUUGCGGCAAUGCUCUCCAGGCGGCUGCAAUACAUGGACACGAUACAACAGUUCAAUUACUGCUUGAUAACGGUGCCAAUGUUAAUGCUCAAGGUGGAUAUUGCGGUAAUGCGCUCCAGGCCGCUGCAAGUGUAGGGCAUGAUAAAAUAGUUCAAUUGCUGCUUGAUAAGGGUGCCAACGUUAAUGCUCAAGGAGGGCAUUACGGUACUGCCCUCAAGGCUGCUUUAUCUAGGGGUCACGACAAGAUAGCCCAGAUGCUACGCGGCAAGGGUGCUCGCGAUGAAUCCGAAGAAACAGCCUGA